AUGUGCAUCAUCGGGAGUAAUGGUCUUUUUUUGGGGGUUACUGAUCAGUAUUUAAUCGAUAAAAGCACUACUGCUGCUACUACUACAGUUUCUGUUCCACUGCAUGGUCAUCGCUUUCUGGAGAAGAAUACGUCAGAGUCUUUGAAUCCUUCCGUAUUUGAUUGGUCGAAUUCUCCGGGUUUUCAAGAGGAAGAUGUGAAGAAGAAUCCGCCCCAAAAAUCCGAUAUGAAUACGGAUAUCACAAUCCUCAUUGUGUGUGGAAACUGUACAAUGCGAACCAAAUAUCCAUCUGAGUCAAUCGACAUAUUGAAUCGCUGGUAUCCUGUGGAGAAGGUCUAUUUGGAUGGACCUAACGAUCUUCAAGGGUCCUCAAAGAUUAUGGAAGGCCUCGCCAAUGUCAAAACGCGCUAUGUCUUUCUUGUGGACGCCUCCGUGGAGUUCACUCAUAACACCAAUCUCCCUCGCAUGAAGUCGAUGUUGGAUUCCCGUCAAGUCCGCGUGGUCUCUCCCAUGCUCGAAAACGCGGCUACCAACGAAUUGAUCGGUCAGUGUUUCGAUUAUCGCUAUCACUCCCACGAGCUGCGAAUUCGGCGUGGAUAUGCGGGCGUUUUCGCGGGUAACCAGUUGCUCUGUGAGCGAGGAGCCCCGUAUUUGAUGACGAACAAAGAAACGCUCAAGCAGCUGUGGCCGAGCGAGCGAUUGCCGCUCACGCUGGCUGUGGAGGCGUUCUAUCUGCAGUUGAAAUCGUUCGAAAUCAAGGUCGGAUUCUGCCCUGGGAGUAUUCUUCGGUUCAACUCGAUUGAGGCGUAUUCGCCCUCGCGAGAGGAGGACAUCGACAGUUGCAACGUGUUUUCGCAGCCGAUUGCGAGGCUGGACGAGCUGAGCAAGAAGUGA